AUGCAUUUUUCCUUCCUUUUAUUUUUUUUUCCUUUUCCUUUCAUUUGUUUGUUUCUUCCUUCUUUCAAUUAUCAUCAUAAAUUCCAUCUUUGUCUGUAUGCUCUUCAUUUUCCCCCUGCCCCCAUCCAUUCUUUAAUUGUCUGCCUAAUUCUUUCCUUGCCUAAAUCUUCAUUUGUUUUACUUCCCUCCCAUUUUCAAAAGCAAAUUUCCUUCUUCUCCCAUUUGCUUCUCACUUUUCAACUAAUUUCCUCUCCUCUGUUAUUUUUCUUUCUCACUCUCAAUAUCCUUUGCGCCUGUCUCUUUCCUUUAGUACUAAUUCUCCACCAGUUCCCUCUCAGUUACUCUUUUUCUAUUCUCAGUUUCCUUACCUGUUUUUUCUUUACCUCCCUUUACCUUAUUCUUCAUCCCUCUUUCUUAUUCUAUUUUCUAUCAAAUUUCUUUUUCUCAUACUUCUUUCAUUUUCCAUUCCAUAUAGCAGACAGUCACAUUCCUCUUUCUUCCACUUUUAAAUCAAUUCCAUCUCAUCUUCCAUUUUUUCUGCUCUUUGCAAUAUGUCCUCCCUAUUUCUUUCUGUUCUUACUUUCUCUUCUUUUUCUGUUAUUUUACUGUUUCAUUUUUAUUUCUUUUACAGCUCUUUCACUUCUCACCUUUUUGGCUUUUUAUACCAAAAAUUUUUUCUUUAUUUUUCACCUAUUUUCUUCUCUUUUUUAUUCACCCCCUCUUCAACUUGAAAUUGGGGGGACAGCCUGCUGUGGUGAAGGAAACGGAAAAAGACACAAUCAGUGUAAAAUUCUGUCCUCACACAUCGACAGUGAAGACGGCUGGAGCGAUGGAGAUGCCACAAUGGACAAAACCCACCAACUUCCUGAUUUGUUUUCGACUGAAUGCUUUGACCCAAACUUUCAACAGAUUGAAGCAACCAAGACCAGCAGCAGCAGCAGCAAAGCAACGCAGCAGCAGCAGCAACAGCAGCAACAACGACAACAACAACAACAACAACAACAACAACAACAGCAAAAAUUCACCUGUCCUGAAAUCACAAGAGUCACUUCUCGAUGUUUAACAACCCCUAACAUUGGCCACAUUCCGGACUGCACCCAGUGGACUGAUUUGAGGCUACCAUCUGCAGAUAGUAGCGGUCCCCCACAAUCCAUGCACACACUGACCGACUCACUACAAACCAAUACUGAACUACAACCCUCCCUACUGCUGCCGCUCUCAAAAAAAAAACGCUGA